CAUUUAAAUCAGGAGAACAUCUCGGAAUUGUUCGGUCGUGUUUCAAAUCCCUUUGUUUCACAAAAAAUACGACGAAAAAAUUACUGUUCGUUAAUUUUUGUAUUAAAAAAUAUAUAUACUAAACUCUAUCGGAUCUUCAUGUUUAAAAAAUAGAAAGUUUAUGCGUUAUUAGUUUGUUGAGGAAUUGGGUUAAGGGGUAGGUUCAGUGAACUUUUUACGGGAUGCGCAAACGCAGACACCUAAAUAUAUUGCGGUGACUAAUAAUGCGUGAAUGGUAAAAUGGUUCAACUCUUCUGAAUUUCCUGUCUGUGCGAAUAUUUUCAUUGUGAACCGGGACGCGGCUACACACGCGAACGACAUAUCGAGAAGGUUUCGGGAGGAGGUUUUUGUUUGUAAACAAUGACUCGUGGUCCUACCAUAGUGCGGGUGGCUCCAGGAGGCGGUGGCAAAGGUAUCAAGUGUUGCUGCUGCAGAUGCUGCGAGUGCAUCAACUUCGGCUAUUUGACCACACAACAUGGUGUCAUCAAACUGGCCCAAGCUAUGCUAGGUGGUCUAUGUCAGAGCUUGCUGGUAAAGUAUGGAAUGUCAGAAGCUAGCAGCAUGGGCUCCGCGUUCCACGGGUUCCUCACGACUGCCUCCGCCUGCCUCCUCACCACCGCACUCCUCAUCGCUUGCUACGUGCUGUCUUCUAACUCACAACACUUGAUAAGACAGUCGAUUUUUGAGACAAUGUUCAACGCUGUAGCCUGUUUUAUGUAUUUAUCGGCGUCGUCUUACAUGGGCGUGGCUGUGAACAUCUAUUUGUACCCGCGGUACGCCCUCGUCAACAUGUAUGCGGCUUACCCUGCGAUGACAGCUGUUUAUUACAUUGGGGUUGUGGUCGGCAUACUUCACGGAGUGGACGCCUAUCUAUCAUACAGAUAUCAUAAAGGACUUCGAUGAGAGAUUAUAUUCUAAAAUAUUUUAUACAUUUUUUGCGGAGGAAUGUAUAAAAAUAUAUUUUUUUUAUUUUAGCACUUAAAAUCUAAAUAAAAAUAAUAUUUAUGAUUUAUGUAAAUUACCUCAGUAUUACCAAAAUUAAUAAUAAGUUAUUCAUACA